AUGCUCGCGAUCAAGAUAUUCUCCAAGCUCACCUCCGGCUUCGCCGUGCUCGCCAUCCUUGCCGCCGCCACCCUCGCAGCGCCCGGCAACACUUCUACCUCUGAGCCCGACGCGCCGUCUUCUUCGUCUGUGCCCGCGCCAUCCACCUCAGCUAUCCCUUCAACCACACCCGCAUCUUCCACCCCGGCCGCGCCCUCCACCACUUCUGCGCCGGCUACUCCUACUGAACCAUCUACUACGUCCGCACCCGCCACCCCUACCGCGCCGUCUACCACAGCUGCGACGCCCUCUCCCCCUGCGACUCCCUCCGCGCCCGCUGGGGGAGCGGGGACGUGCUCGACCGGGGCGCUGCAGUGCUGCGAGUCUGUGCUGUCCGCGAACAGCACCGCGAUCUCGCCGAUCCUCGGCAUCCUUGGCGUCGUCCUCCAGGACCUGGACCUCCCCAUCGGGCUGUCGUGCUCCGGCGUCACGGGCGUCGGCGUCGGCAGCUCUGACGCUUGCUCGACCAACGCGGUGUGUUGCCAGAACAACGACUUCGGCGGCGUCAUCGCUAUCGGGUGCCUUCCCGUCAGCCUCUGA